GAUCAAUACACUCUCGUCUUCGCCAACUGCCUCCUGCAACUUCAGGUUUCCAUGGAUGUUCGAUCCGCCAUGUACAACCUCGAACCCAAGACCGGCCGCCGGGACUAUCUCUCCGCCGGGAAGACCGUCCUCCCCAGGAUUUACUUCCUCCUUUCCUUGAUUUAUUUCACUCUUGCCGUUGUUUGGAUCUACGUUCUUUACAAGAAGCGAUUGACGGUUUACGGAAUUCAUUUCUUUAUGCUUGCCGUUGUGGUCUUGAAGGCUCUCAACCUUCUCUGCGAGGCGGAGGACAAGUCGUACAUUAAGCGCACCGGCAGCGCCCAUGGCUGGGAUGUACUCUUCUACAUAUUCAGUUUCUUAAAGGGCAUCACGUUGUUCACUUUGAUCGUCUUGAUCGGGACUGGUUGGUCUUUCUUGAAGCCUUAUUUGCAGGACAAGGAGAAGAAGGUGUUGAUGGUUGUGAUCCCGCUUCAGGUGGUGGCCAACAUUGCUCAGGUUGUGAUUGAUGAAACUGGGCCUUUUGAGCAAGAUUGGGUCACUUGGAAGCAGGUGUUCUUGCUUGUCGAUGUCAUCUGCUGCUGUGCGGUUCUAUUCCCGAUUGUUUGGUCGAUCAAGAACUUGCGGGAGGCCGCCCGAACCGACGGGAAAGCGGCUGUGAAUCUGAUGAAAUUGACCCUUUUUAGACAGUAUUACAUUGUGGUUAUAUGCUACAUCUACUUCACCAGGGUUGUAGUUUAUGCACUGGAGACGAUUACUUCAUAUCGGUAUCUUUGGACCAGUGUGGUGGCUGGGGAAUUGGCAACUCUUGCAUUCUACGCAUUCACUGGUUACAAGUUCAAGCCUGAGGCCCAUAAUCCCUAUUUUGUAGUUGAUGAUGAGGAGGAGGAGGCAGCUGCUGAGGCACUGAAGCUUGAAGACGAGUUUGAAUUGUGAUCAAGUAGAAGAAGAAGAGGGGUGCUGUGCUGCAAUGUGUUCUGUUGAUUGUGAGUUUUUUGAGGUAGAAAAAUUCUCCUUCUCAGUUUAAAAUAUAUGUGGCUUUUUUGUUUUCCCAAUCUGGCAAUUACAGGCAUGGCAUGUUGUUUUUUUGAUAUUUUGUAAUUUCCAUCUCUCUAAGUCUGUAGAAUAACAUAUCAAUGUCUGUGAUUUGGAUAGCGUGUACACAUACUGACCAUAACGCAUAGUUGUAUCUUUUAUGAGUAAUUCUUGUUGUUCAUUUUUUGCUC